AGCAAGACGAAGAAUCCCUCCCUCUGUGUAUAUUGGCGAGUGCAACUUAGCGCGUCAACGACCUCAUGCCGUGCCCUGUGGUUUCAUUGAUUGCCGACCCCUCCCGGGUCUGCUAUUCCGGGGACAGCUCCGGUUACUGCGUCGACGAAACCGUCUUCCCCGGUUUGAAUCUCACUGCCUUUCAUCGCCGGGCAUCUAUUCAUUCACUACACUGUUUUCUCUCUUUUCUUUUUUGUGUCCUGGUUUUAGUUUACUCCCGUGUCUUUCUCGUUCUUGACCAGCAUUCCUUGGUCUGAGUAGGGAGCCCUACCAACAUGCCCGGAAACCUUGCCGUAACAAGCAUACUGCACCCGGAAACGGGCAGGAGGGGGCAACCCCCCAACUUCCACUUUCAUUCGGCGGGCUCUCUCCCUCUCUUUUUCUCAACUUAUUCCUUCCUUCCCCGCUUAUCGUUCCGGAACCCGGCGAGAUGCUCGCUGUGGACUUCUUUUUUCCCCCUCAAGUUCACAC